UUCUCAUCGUUAUGUCAUAUAUGUAGCCGACCUUGACAUGUUGUUCUCCUAAAAUCCUGUGUAAAACUUCCAUCAAAUACGUUCAUUCACCUUCUAUCGCCAACUUCACACCCAGAAACUAAACCAGGAGGCAGGCAAGAUGGCUGAUUCAAAAACAAAACGCGGAAAAGGGAAAAAAACUAAAAAAUCCUCGACGAGUGAGGAUGGGGAGUCGUCUUUUGAUGACUUGGAAAACGGGACCUCCGAUACUUCCACACAGAAUGGCUGCAUCUACAGUGUUCCCAAGGCACUCGUCGAGGUCAGCGGCAAGAAAUGGUUCGAGCCCCGCGUCGUCUCCAUCGGGCACUACAACUGCAAGAACGACGCGAAACAUAAACACAUCCCAGUGAAUCAAAAUCACAAGCAGAAGGUCUGUCGUAGCAUUCUACAGCCCCACCCCAAAAAACGCAUGGAAGAAUUGAUGAAAAUCAUAAGCCCAGAAGUUGAAAAGAUCGAGUUCAUGUCCGAGAAGAUCAAGAAUCCCGAAUUCCUCAAAAUGCUGGUUCUUGAUGGUUGUUUUAUAUUAGAAUUGUUUCGAAUACUUGGAAAAUCGGAACCGAAAAAGAUCGAGUCUGAUCACCCUCUCGCCUCCGUGGCAUGGGCAAUACCAUAUUUCUACGGAGAUCUUCUUCUGCUUGAGAAUCAGAUCCCCUUUGUUGUUCUGAAAAAGUUAUUUGAAACUUCCAAAAUGCCUGAUGAGGACUAUCCUUUGUCCUUGCUUGCUUUGAGAUUCUUUAACAAGGUAAUGCGCAGAUCCGAAGAAGAUCUCGAAGAGAUGAGCGAGAAAGUCGUGAUCAAUGACAGCUUGCAUUUGCUGAACUUGGUUCGGUUAAGUUUUAUCACCCGCGAUCUAGAUAAGCCACCGGCGACUGUGAAGAAAACAGAAACAGUACCGGCGAUAUACUGCAUCACGAAGCUCCUCAAAGCAGGCAUUAAGAUCAAACUGCGUGAGGCGGCCGACAACUUCUUGGCUGUGAAAUUCGACGAGGACAACGGAGUGAUUGAGAUGAACAAAAUAACCCUCGACUACUUCAUGCACUCUUUGUUGGUGAACUGUCGGGCAUUCGAACAGUUGGACAACAAAAGCUCCAAGCACAUCACAGUUUACGCCUAUUUCUUGGACUGCUUAGUAAACACAGCCAAGGACGCCGAGUACCUUUACGAACACAACAUCAUUGACAGUGUGGACGUGCAAUUCAUCAACAAGUUGGGGAACGAGAUGCAUGUUGAAACCGACCAAUUUUAUUUAUACGACAUUUUCAGAAAGACCGAGGCUUCGGUUUGGUGUUUUGCAGAGAACCCGUGGUCUUCUGUGAAGAGGGAACCGAGCGGCACUUAG